AGAUUAUAUACCUUCGUAAUCCUUGUAGUCUAAUUGUCAUCUGCCACUUUUGCGCAGUGCUCUCCUGCACUCUGGCACUGGCCCCGUCCCUUCGACAAGACAGAACACCAUGGUCUGGCCUCUGUCUCUGCUCUGGUCUAGUAACAGUAAUAGCAACAACGACGAUGUGCAGACCCGCGGUGAGGCUAGUAAUUUCGCCGUGGCACCCGAGGCGAAACGAUCCAGCAGUUCGUCGAACCCAAUAGACUUGCUACAUCACUUCGAGAGCCCGGGCAUGUCUCUUCCGCCCUCUGCACGCGUGGGGGACCCAAAGCUCAAGCAGCGUCAAGGCCAGCCCUUGAGCAUAUGGCAGCUGGGCAAGAUGGGCACGUUUGCAGCCAUGAAAGCGAUCGAGAUGGCCACGGACGUCGUGUACCACCAUGUACGGGGUCCGCGCCGCGUGUCAUGGGGUAUCGAGAUGACUCUUCUGUCAAGCAUCAUGAGGGAUGUCGGCCGGCACUCACAUCUAGGCGACAUGGCCCUCAUACGGAUGCUCAUGGGUAUCGGCGGUUGGAUCCCUCUGCCAUCUGACGCGCUGGCCACGCCGGUGACUUUUCGCGUGCGCAGGCGCAACCUCCCUGGCAUCCUCACGGAAUUCGACGCCGCGGAGGACGGCACGCGCGAGCUCUCCGGUGAAUGGGUCGUUGGCAAGAGGACUUGGCAGCGACUGCAGAAGGAAUGGCGUGCGGCGAAGCAGCAAGCCAACUCUCCAAAUGGAGGGUCCGCAGGCGGGACAUCGCCGCAGCUGAACAUGUCGCAACAUCAGGCUAGGGAGCGGGUUAUCCUGUAUCUUCAUGGCGGUGCAUAUUAUGUCUCGAGUGCUGCUUCACACAGGCUCAUCACCAUACCAUUGGCCAAACAUCUGGACGCACGCGUAUUUGCCAUUGACUACCGUUUGGCACCGGAGACACGCUUCCCAGGGCCAUUGCAUGACGUAGUUUCGGCAUACCUUCGACUGGUAGAGGACCUGCAUAUACCUCCCGAGAACAUUAUCGUCGCUGGGGACAGUGCCGGGGGCGGCCUAUCUCUUGCACUCAUUAUGUACCUGCGAGACAACGAGUUUCCGUUGCCUUCUGCUGCUAUUCUGAUGUCUCCCUGGGUUGACUUGACAAUGAGCUGCGAAUCAUGGGACAGCAACGCAGAGUUCGAUAUCGUCCCGCGGCCUAUGCCAGGAGACCACCUGAACCCCAUCGCCUGUUACCUGGGCGAGCAUAUGGAAAAGUACCUCACGCAUCCAUACGCGAGCCCGCUAUUUGGCGACUUCAAGGGUCUACCUCCAAUGCUCAUCCAGGCAGGGGAGUGUGAGGUCCUUCGUGACGAGAUUAUGCUUCUAGCUCACAAGGCGACUUUGGCGGGCGUAGAAGUACGGCAUGAGCAGUACGAGGACGCGGUGCACGUGUUCCAGACGCUUCCGUUCCUCGACACGGCCCAGAAAGCAUUCAUCUCCUCCCGGGACUUCGUGCAGAACUUCCUCCCACAGUGGCAGCGGCAGUCACCUCAGGCGCUUCAAGGCUCUACCGAGCGCGGGCUCGAGCAGGAGAUCGACAACGACUCCGCACGCGUUGUGCGCGGGGAUGGCAUGGAGACCGGCUCGCGGCGCGAGGAUAUCGGUAGCGCAUCAGACGAGGAGCGCGAGUGUUCCCGACGCAACACGCCCGAGAGCGAUCAAAGCGUUUCGGCUUCGUCCAGCACUGAGGGCGACCGUAGCUGGGCCUCGUCCUGGUCGCCGCCACCGAGCUCAGAGGAGGACAACAGCGGCCCAUCCACCCCCACGGAGUAUGCCACUGUCGCGGUGUCGCCCGUGCACGACCGACCACGGAUGCAAUCGCGACCUUCGCUGCGGCGGCUCAAGUCGACGUUCUCGUUCAUCGCUGACGCAUCGUAUCGCUCUGCAACGAGCCACCUCGACCGUGCGCCGCUGCACCCCGACAUCUCCGGAUACGACGUGUCCGAUGAGGGCGUGCUGCAUAUCCCGAGGUGGCGGCGCUCGACACUUAGCACAUCCCCGCAGACAGCGCCCCUUAUGCCGCCGUCGAUACGACGCUCCGAAGCCAGUCAUCCCGACAUCAGCUCUCUUGUUCAGCAAUUUUCUGCUUCAGGGCCUGCUAACCAGACGAUCACAUACAAACCCGACGACUCGCGACGACGUAGACGUGCACGGACCUUGUCUGGCAAGAACAACAACCACUUGUAACAUAUCCUGACGCGCGUCUUCCUUCAGGGUCGUAGUUUACUCCGUACUCUAUAGCUUUGUCACUUUUGGGAUACAAUGUAGCAUGUCGUAUUAGUUCCUUCCA